GCCUGGACCUUCGCAGCGCGGCUUCGGGGGCGUCGGCCGAGCGGGCACUCCGCGAUGCAGCUCCUGAAGGCGCUCUGGGCACUCGCAGGGGCCGCGCUCUGCUGCUUCCUCGUCCUAGUGAUCCACGCGCAGUUCCUCAAAGAAGGUCAGCUAGCCGCCGGCACCUGUGAGAUUGUGACCCUGGACCGGGACAGUAGCCAGCCGCGGAGGACAAUCGCCCGGCAGACGGCUCGCUGCGCGUGCAGAAAGGGACAGAUCGCAGGGACCACGAGGGCACGGCCUGCCUGUGUGGACGCUCGCAUCAUCAGAACCAAGCAGUGGUGUGACAUGCUCCCCUGCCUGGAGGGGGAAGGCUGUGACCUGCUCAUCAACCGGUCCGGCUGGACGUGCACACAGCCCGGAGGGCGCAUAAAGACCACCACGACUGCAAGAUGCUCGACCAGUGGCCAUUGCUUCUCCUACAUCAGAAGAAACUGGACAGACCUGCAUCUUGUUUCCAAUUAGCUAUUAAGUGUCAUAUUUUAAUUCUGUAUGUCAAGAGACCACCGUCAUGGGGCGUGGGGGCAUUCGGUGGGUUUAGGGGGAAUUCAUUUCAGGAUCAGGUGUCACCGGGCAUGUCAUGAUAAAAUCACAUUUCCAGGGCAGAGAUCCGGGGUGUGCUCAGUCCCCGGCUGCCUCUAGCAAAGCCUGGGGUUACAUGUCUGUGUUCUGCUCCAGCCAAGACCCCAGAGUGGGCUGGGUGUCCUGUGUAAAGUUGUCCUGUGGAUUCGUUCGAUGUUGGGAAUGUGGUGGCCCAAGGAGCCCUCUCCCCUCCUCUCAUCUUGCCUUAAACCAGCUGCUUCUCUGGUCCACUGGCCCAAAGUCCCUGUCAGCUGGGAUGUCCUAAGGUCAGGCCAGCUGCAGAAUAAUCAGGAAGCAAAACUAGUCUCUCGUGGAUCUCCCUGGACAGCACUUCCUGUGGAACCCAGGCGCCCCGCGAGUUGAGGGCCAGGCUGGAGUGGGGAGAUCCUUCCCUUUCUGGUUGCAUGUCCAGUAGUUUCAGUGGACAGUGGCCACGUCCGGCCAUCAUGAGAACAGAGCCCCUUCAGCUUCCCACAAUCCCAGAGCAGGGGCAGGAGCCAAUUCCAGGAAAGGUGCUUUUUCAGAAAGCAAGUCAGAGCCUGCAGGGCUCUCUGUUCAUGGACCGUGUUGGUGUGUCUGAUGGUCCCACUCACAGAUCCACAGGCAGCACGGGCUAGGCACUCCUGCUCCAGAGCUCCAGAGUAGGAGCCUUGGCCCCUCCCUGACUCUGUCCAUCCACUGGCUGGCGGGAGCUGGAGCCUGCCUGACCUGCACCCCGGAACACUGCUUGUCAGACAGACCUCCGUGGGAAGAUCAGCAAAUCCUCACAUCGGGCCCCAAUCAAAAAGCACAAGACCCCCACGCCACCCUUGCCUGCCUUCAGGAGAUGCCUGUGAAGUUACAGGGACGCCUGAAGGGGAAAUGGUGCAUUUCUGUAUGCACAGAACCAGCAGAAGGGGACAACAGCAGCCUGGUCUGAAGGGUGGACUGGGGUGGCUUCAGCAGAGAGGAAAGCUGAACCCUGGGACAGAAGCGGAGCCAAUGCCCAGCUGGCCGGUCCCACUGCAUGGGCUGGUGGAUGCUGUGUAACCGACCUGGCCCUUCCCACUUCACACCCACACAAGAUGGACCGAGAGGUCUGAGCUUAAGCCUUCACACCAGAGACACCAACACAGCUGAUGCAGGAGGGGACCUCUGGAAACCAGGGGUUUGAGGGAAAAUGGACUUCCUGGGUGCAAGACCCACUCGGCAACCAGGGGACACAGCCUUGGGGCUUUUGGUGGACAACUCCCUAUGUGAGUGUCCUGGGGCUGCCAUAAGCAAUGACUACUUGCUGGGUGGCUUAACAGCAGGAUUUAUUGAGUUCUGGGGGCCAGUGGGCCUGUCUCAAGAAGGGGUUCGCAGAAAUCCUCUGCUCUCCUGUCCUGGCGGCUCCAGAUGUAUCUGACUAGUGGCCACAUCAUUUCUUUCUCUGUCUCCCUGUGGCAUCUUGUGUGUCAGAUCUCCUCUCCUUUUCUUACAAGGAUGCCGGCCCCUGGAUUCAGGGUGCACACUAAAUCCAGUACAGGGCCAUCUCCAGUCCCCUAACAUCUGAAGGGCCCUCUUUCCAGGAGGGGUCGGCUACUCAUGUUCAGUGUGGAUGUAGAUUUUGAGAGACACCCAAACCAAGACCUGCAGUGUUGUGAGUUGGGGACCAGAGGACCUCCUGUGAUGCCCAGCUGCCACCCAUUAGCCCUGUAGUGCUGUGUCCCUGAACAUGGAAAGAGAACCAAAGAUGCCCAUUUAGGAGAAAGACAAGACCAAACAGAACAAUGACUCAGAUGGGACAGAAAUGACAGGUUGCAAAAGAAAAGGCAACAGCCAAGAUCACAAAAGUAAACUAGCACCAUGGCCCUUGGAAAGAUGGGAGAUAUAUCCAGGACAAAAGAAGGGGUGAAGACUGAAGGCGCCCACAGAGCCUGUGCCCUUCAGCCAGCAGAAGUAACACCCGUUUUCCCCACCUCCUGUGACUCAGCCACCUCUAUGAUCUCUGAGACCAGAGGACAGUCACAGUGGUUACAUGCUGGGGCUGCAAACAGCUCUCAGCCAGGUUUCCUGGACAGUGGUGCUGGGACCCCUGAGCCAAGAUAAGAAGUCAGGUUAGCAAAGGCUACCAUGCUGGAGUGUGCAGAGAGCCCCUGGGACUGGCCAGGAGGUGGCAGCUGACCCACCCUCUCCAACCUGCCCAGCUGCCAGUCAGCCCAGCCCAGUCUGCCCAGAUCCUGGAUUGUGGACAGAACAGGUGACCCUGUGGGAGGCCACUUAGUGAUUAGAUGGCAGGAAAUGCCUGACACAGGACAUCGUUUUAAGGAGCAUUAAGAAACACUUUUGGGAAAUGUGUGUGUGUGUGUGUGUGUGUGUGUGUGUACCCAUUACACACCUAUAAGAAUGUGUAGAAGAGUAGAAUUUGUUAAAACUCCAAGGGGAACAUUUAGAGCAUGAAACAGGACAUCUGACAGAAGAGUAGAUGUUUUCUAAAGAAAUGGGAGAAAAGGAAAACAUAGGAGAUCAUUUUGGGAGGUCUAGAGGAAAUAAGAUCCAAAAAAGGGAGAAAAACGGAAAAAGAAAAAAAAAAGUAUCAAAGAAAUAUUUUCUAAAAAUAUUCCCCUCCCUGAAAGCCGAGGGUUUCCCAAGAGAGCGCGUGCACUACGGGCCCAGAGGAGUGAAAAGACCCGUCCAAAAGCUUCCGACGUGAAGUUGCAGGCCACUAGGGAUGGGAAAAUGUCCUAAAAGCUCAGAAGGAGAAACUAGGUCACAAGCAAAGACUUAGACUUCAGAGUGCAACAGUGUCUCAGGGAGCCGUCCAAGCAGAGCCAGCAGCAGGGACUCCAGGCUCAGGUGCUCCAGGUGCAGCGGCUCCAGGUCCAGCUUGUACAGCAGCCAGAUAUACUGGAAUUCCUGAGCCCCUGGGAGGGUCCUUGGGAAUGAGGGCACCAGAGGCUUCGUUCCUGAAGUUCCCGUGGUAGGGUCUGGUGCCCCUCUCCUCAGGAAGAACAAGGGCAGAGCUCAGGACAAAGGGGCCCAGGACCAGCAGGCAUCGCCAAACACAGGGGCAUUGCCCAGGGCAGUGAAGAGGUUGCCAUGUGCAAACUUCUAGCAGGAGUUUGCGCAUUAAUUCCAAAUGCCUAGGAAGUCGGGGAGUAAAAUACAUGCUUUCCCAGGGAAAAGGAAGGUAGGGCCCUGGAACUACUCGGGAAUGUGAGCGAGCCACCCUGGCUUCACCCUGGCUUCCUUCCACACCUAGGUGAAGACCCACGUGGGUCCCCAGCAGGGCUUCUCUGAUUGUGGGCAGCAGGACCUGUCUCUGGCCCAGUACCUGAGAAAGCUGGCUUCCUAGGAGCUCAGAGGGCCAGGGCAUCACCGAGAACGAGCCAGGCUACAGCCAGCAGCCCUACAGGGGCUGUGGGGAAGAUGCUGGACACUGGUGAACACGGUGCACCCACCGUGUCUUCAGGACUCUGGCUUGGGCUGAGGAGCGUUCUGCAUGGCUUCAUGAGGGCCUGAUGGCAGAGUCUCUUUCAGAGGAGGAGCAGGGACCUGGAAAGACAUUCAGUGUUCUGGGUGGGACCCUGACAAUGGCACGAUAAAGGCAGGGGCCAGCAUGGGCUUGUGUGACAUCCUGGCCUGGUCCCCUUGCCACCCAUGGUCAUGUCCAGUGUCCACACAGCCAGUGGGGCACAUCAGGCGAGGACAGGGCUCCCGGAGGAUAAUCAGGGCCUGUGGGGCAGUUUGGAGACCAAGGGAAGAGGUGCAGAAGGUGGGCUGGCACCCGUGGCCACCUGCUGGCUGGCUGCAGACCUGACUGAGCUGGCCUUCUGAGCCCUGCCACACCCCAGUGUCUGCCCAGCCACAGCCUCACCAGGAGCCUGUGGUCCUGUUUGCUGCCCAGCACACAGCCAAGCCUGGCUCUCCUCCGCCCAGUUCACACCUGUGCUGGCUCUGGCCCUGGCUGGCCAGGCGCCCUCCCCGCCCUUCAGACCACCCCAGAAUCUCACAUCAGCAGCUUCUGAACUGAUGGGACUGCUACAGCCCCCUCCGAGUCUCUGUCCCAUGUUGCUCUCCUCCCUCUGUUUGUGGCUGGGAACCUCUGUAGCCUGUUUCCUGUUCAUGGUGGCAAGGGGCUCCCUCACCCUGGUGUUCUGGACUUUGGGGGCGUGGGUGAAAUUUGUCACCUCCGCCCUGGAACUGGUACAGCAUCUCCAGGCCUGCUCUCACCAGGGCCGCUUCCUGCUCCCCUCUACCCUGAAGCAGUUCCCUUGGACCCACCGUGGCGUGCCCUGUGCCUGUGCCUGUGCCUGGACUCUGCCUGCCACCUGAGGGCUGGGAGCAGCAGCUCUGUUCCCGGUAAGGAGGAAGUACAGCCCUGGUUCAGUUGAUGAGCCCAGAGUCAGCUGUGUGACUCCUCCCGUUGUGCGCGGUUUCUGCAUUCAGUGAGGUGCACCUGCCAUCAGGAGCCUUUGUUAUAGACCCCAGGGCAUCCUGCUGUGAGCCCACUUCCCCUGAAAACCAGUGAGAGGCAGUGCAUUCUGUCCUACCAGGCAGGUGUCCCAACCCCAGGCAGAGUCCCCACCACUCUGGCCAUGGCCCCGGGUACAGUGGGCAGCAGCCAGUUUGAGGCCCCACAAGCAGCUUGGGAACACCCAGCCCUUCACCCUGGUGCCAGUCCCACCAUGGGGCUCCCCUGAGCCACUUCUUCUGUGACAUUUGAGCUAGCGUGGCUGGUAAGAGGGACAUCUUCUGAGCUGGCCCCUGGGCCUUCCAGGAAGUCACCUGCAGCUGGAGACAGUGGCGGAGCACAAGUGUGGGCUCCAAGACGUUCAGGUGCCCCAGGAGGCCAUCCGGUCACCUUCCAGCAGCCUCUGCCUGGGAGCCCACAGUAGGCACAAGGCCUCCUCCUCCAUCACACGGGGCAGGUCCGAAGAGGGACACGGGUGCCAGAGCUGGGCUCAAGAAGUUCUCCAGAACCAGAGGAGAAACAGGCAGGAAGGAGCCCCCUGGGACCAUCUCCGAGCAGCUCGUUGGGUGACAAUCCCACCCCGGGUGGGCAGUGGCCUUGGAGGGCACGGUGUAGCUUGCUGUGCACCUGGCCUGGGAAGGAAAGGGCAGGGAAUCUGCUUUAUGUGGACCAAGGGGUGCUUACCUGGAGAUUCCUUGUGUGCACCCUUGUGGGGACGGAGGUAGAUGUGGCCCCCAAGCUACCAGCCUAGCUUCAACACACAUCUGGGGACCAGGUUUUCCCACACCUGCCCGUUCCCUGUCCUCUAGGACCCGAGGAGGGGACCCAGCUCUGAGGCCCACAGGAAGCCAUUCCUGGGAUAAACAGGAGGCUCGCUGUCCACCAAAGAGCACUCUGGCCGGGAACAACGGCGAUGCGCGUAGGGAAGAACACAGGACCGUCCCAGGCAGCAGGGGGAGGACUGUCUCUUCUCACCCCGGAGGAGCAGAGUCAGCACUGUGCCGUAACCCGCCACUGCAGAUCGAUCCAGACUAUCUCAGAACGUGAUGUCCCAAGGACAAAGCGGAUGAACAUCAGAAAGCUUCUUGAGAGACGAGGCGGGCGAGGGGCGCUGCGCCCCCGGGAGCCCAGGACACACACCCUAACUAAUCUUUGUUCGGCACAAACAAUGAAAAAUACCAAGUCAUUACUCUGAGCCUUGUCUGCAAUCUAUUUUGUGUUCUUUUGAAUCACUGCUAUUCAUCACCACAAUAAUAGCCGGACAUUUUAAUAGAUUCCGUGUGUAAACAAAAACGUGUAUGGCCAGCGCCACAUCAGCGCGUUAUUGUCAGAAGUGACAUUCUUCAUUUGCUCCGCAGAAAUGAGCCCAGAAACAAAAAGAUUGGUUUGGCCAAACCCACAUUGUUUCUGCAGGCACUUUUAGUAAUGGGUGACAUUAUACGCUGGUCUCUAUUUACAGUAAUUGUGCUGCAUUAGUCUCAAUUUUCCUUAAAGCAGUUGUUCUUUGAAUCAUUUUAAAUACAUAAAUGGCAAAUGGCCGAAAUUCAAGGAAGCUGACCUAGGGGGAAGUGGGGAACGGAGCCUGUUGUGUCACUCAGGGCAUGUGAGAAGGGUGCUCCCGGUGCUGCAGAGAUCCUGAGCAGCCUGCCCGGUGCCUGGUGGUGAAGGGCAGGGGUGAGGGUACAGACCAGGGUUAGGGGUAGAAUGGGCCUGGGUCAUGGGCUCCGCCUCUCCCCACCGGCCACUGGGCCUGGUCCCUCCCCUCCAUCCCUCUUGCAUGUCCAGCACCAGGGCUGAGGCAGGUGGCCCUUGAUCUCAGGAAACUGGUGGAUUCCUCAGUGGCCACUGGAGGGGCUGCUUUUCGAGCACUGGGCCUGUUCAAUGCUGCAGAGCCACGUGGUUGCUUAGGACCGAAAUCUGAAGUGUUUGCUGGACAGAUGGGAGGCAAUGUUCCAUUUGCCCAAAGAGGACGCCUCUCUAGCCCUGAAGGGCAAGGUCACAUUCUACGGCAAAGUCAGAUGCCUACGGGAAGAUCCCCAUAAGGGACCCUAUGGUCACUGCCGCCUGCUGGACCAGGCCCCAGUCAGCCUGCGUGUGGCUGACCUGCUGUGUCAUUCUGCGUGCAGCUGCUACCCCGCUCGAAGACUGGGCAGCCCCAUCUCGACGGUGGUGAUUGGCUUAAGAUGUCCUUAGAAUCUCUAAGAGGAAAUUGCUUAGUGAUAAGUAAACUCAGUCCUUAGCUGUGCUAGAAAAGUAAGAUCAGGUAUGUAAGGUGGGAAAACAGGUGGAAAUAGGGCCAGAGCCCCUUCCUGAGCCAUCCAGGAGCUGGGUCCCUGGGCCAAGGCUGAGGUCCUUAUGCCCAGGCUGCUGUCCUGCCGAGGCGGGCAGUCCCCUUGUCCUGGUGCCUGUGGCUCGCAUGCCCAGAUGUGGCCUGCUCUCCUCAGCCCAGCUGUGACACUGGCCAGACAGCAGCAGACAGGAAGAGGGGCUCUGCCAGCCGCCCAGUAGCUCCCGAAUGCUGCAGUGGGGAUGAGGCAAGGCAUUUGGCAGAGUCGUGUGUUAAAGAUUAGUCUUUAAAAAUGAAACCGAAGGAUUUAUGUCUCUAUCAGAGUUGCUAUAGAUGCCAGCUCCCCAUUAAACCAGAGACUGGGCAGGUGAUGCCAGCAAUGGAACCAAUGCCUUCCGCCCUCUCACACACCGCACUGGCACCACAGGUCUGCUGCUGCAUACUCAAGAAGCAUCCCCCACCUCAGCCUGGGCUGUGUGUGACCACACCUGGCUGUGCCUUGCCAGAGAGAGGCCUGUUCCAGGCUCCACCACAGACCGGUGGCACCUGUGAGUCACAGAGGGAUAGUGCUUCCCCCCUGGAGCCCCCCCCAAUCUGUGAGCCUCGAGUGUCCAGUAUGUUUGGGAAACAGCAGUCUUCAGUAACAUCCUGACUUACAAAGAGGAACACGCAUGGGCUGAGGUCGGAGUGGAUGCCCCUGGUGCCUGACAGCAGCGGAUACCCAGGUAUCAACCUUUGAACAUGGCCGUGACAGUGACUUUAGUCCUGCCCAGGCCUCUACUCCCUCCUUGCGCCCUGGUCCCCUGAUGGGCAGGGAGCCUAGUACAGUGGCUCCUCCCACUAGUGAGAGCCUAUUGAGUAUCCCUGAAGACAAGGGCCUUGCCCACCCCAGUCUCCCCAGCCAGCCUUCCCCAACCUACAGGACAGAGGCGGCUGAGGAUGUGCCCGCCAAGCCUCCUGGAUUCCAGGCUGGCUUUGACCUUCCUGGCUAAAAAGCAUCAACACUGAAACUGAGUCAGGAGCCUGAGACAGAAGAGCACUGCUUGUGGGGAGGGGUCCGUGGCCCUGAAGAGAGCCCUUGACAGUGAUGAUGUGGCCUCUAGAGAUGCUGCUUCUCAGUCCCACGGGCUGAGGUGGCCGUGGUGACACAGGCGCCAACAGCAGAGGGGAGCCUGGAUGCAAGGCAGACCCGAAAGAUCCGCCAGGAAAAAGGGGCUGAAUAUGAGGAUCCCGAAAAUGCAAGCGUGGAAUGUAAACAUGUACUGGAGGUUACAAAUAACAGAACUGUCCUGCGGAAAAUCCAAGAGUGACGUGAUACCAAUUUUAACACCAAGUGAUAAUUCAUAGGAGACAGAGAAAUGGAGCACAGGGAAGGAAGGUGGGAGCUUCGAUGUCCAACCUAAGCACGGGGCACUCAGAGCGGGGGGAUGGCAGAGGGGAAGACUAGGUGCAGGCUUGGAAGAUGGUGUGGGAGAGAAAUUUCUCCCAUCUGCCAAGCCGAAGAGGUGCUCCGGUGAGAAGCAUAACCCAGCCAUCCUGGGCCCAGCCCUUCAGGGCCACAAAUUUGGAUGUCGGUGAUAAAGGAAACCUGUGUGAUCACCGUGCAGCUGCUGUGGCGUGUGGAGGGAUAGACUCUGCAGACCUCCAGACGCAGGCUGUCCUCUGAGCUCAAGUGAGAUGGGCACCACUUCCUCCGGGGCUCUGAUAGAAAAGUAAUUCUGCCUUUGAAUUCAGCCCUGUUCCUGAUUCUUUUUGGUAAAAGGGAACAGAACAGAUUUGCAAGGAUUUAGAAAGUAUGCCGCCCACACACUUGUCCUGAAAAGGAAAAUAGAAGAUGCACUCAAGCCAACGAAGACAGACAUCAAAAUCAGGAGCCAAAGAUGGAAAAGGUCACACGUAAGAAGAUUAAUGGUCACCAUUGAUACCAAUUAAGAGCAGGAGCUGGAUAUAAAUAAUUUCUGUAGCUAUGGCUACAAAAAUGAAGAUUAAACACACAGCACCACGUUUUAAUAUAUUGUGCGCAUUGUAAAAAGGAAGUCUUUCGCAGUAAUGCCCUGGUCUGUACCCUCUGGUGGAAUUAAUGAGGGUUGUGGGUGGGAGCAGCAGCAUCCGGGUGCAGGGGCCACCCUUCGCCCCUGCAUGGUCAGAGGGACCCGUAACCGACUCAGUCCUCAGAGCAGCGGCCUUGCAUUAGCGGUGUAUUUGAUGAGUACUCACAGAAGCAGAGGCUGUGUUCCUGCUAAAGCACUGCAACCAGGAAAGCAAGUGGAAUCUGCAAAACUGUGCAAAGAUGAGAUAAACCAGGAAGGAGCACAGCCAGAAAUUAUCCUAGAACAUAGUGUUCAGGACAGGAUUUUGGUAUCAGUGACCACCGUAAAUGCAAUGGGCUAGGCACCCACCACUACUGAAAGGCAAAGACUGGGAAGUCAAUUGUCUAAAGUAGCCCCCUGUUCUGAAGGCACGCUACAAAUAAAAAGGUUAGAAAAGCAAAAUAAAGUGAGACAUACACCAAGGAGAUGCAGUCGAAAGGCAAUCAGGACAUAAGAUGCAUUAAAUUCCAACAUGAUGCCGUCACAUACAGUGACUGGCGCAUACUUAUUCCAGAACACGGUAUGACUUCAUGUGUCGACACAGGUUACUGUUUACAUAUUUAUACACCCCGUCAACCUGAGAACAGAGUAAUGGAGUGUCACACUCAGAGCCUUCACGUGCUGAGCUGCUCAGUAUGGGUGUAGAUUAUGUACACAUGGUGACGUAUAACAUGAUCAAACACACGACUUUUAGUUGGAAAGUCAACAUUCAAAUAGAUGUGAAGAGCAAGUAAACACCACCAGUAACAAAAAUAAAAAGAUGCAGGACACAGGUCUUAUGAUUUUUUUAACUCCCCAAGAUUGAAUUUGCAUUCACCUAUUGAAAGUAUAGCGAACAAGGCUGUGUCUAAUUUUCUGUCAUUUUUAAAAUCUCUACAAAAAUAUCUGUGUACCAAGUUAUGAUUUGAACCUUCCUAAAAGAAGAAAUAUGCAGGCCGGGGAUUUAGCCCAGUGCUUCCACCGCCUGCUUCACAAGU